CUCGCGCAAGCUCAGUGGGGAAACUCAGUCCCAAGAUGGCAGCUUCCUUGGGUGGGAUGUUCGGGCCUCAACAGCCGGGUCCCCCUCCGCCGCCUCCGCCUCCAGGAGCCCCCGGGAGCUCGGCCCAAGUGGCGUUGCUCCCGACGGCGGCGGGCGGCAUGAGGAGCUCCAACAGUACUUUAGUGGACGAGUUAGAGGCGUCCUUCGAGGCUUGUUUUGCUUCCUUGGUGAGUCAGGACUACGUCAACGGCACCGAUCAGGAGGAAAUCCGAACUGGUGUGGAUCAGUGUAUUCAGAAGUUUCUGGAUGUUGCAAGACAAACAGAGUGCUUUUUCCUUCAGAAAAGAUUACAGCUGUCUGUCCAGAAACCAGAGCAAGUUAUCAAAGAGGACGUCUCCGAGUUAAGAAAUGAAUUACAGAGAAAAGAAGCAUUGGUCCAGAAGCAUUUGGCAAAGCUCCGGCACUGGCAACAGGUACUAGAAGAGAUCAACAUGCAACAUAAGAAACCUGCUGACAUACCCCAAGGACCACUGGCAUACCUUGAACAGGCGUCAGCCAAUAUUCCUGCCCCCAUGAAGCAGACGUGACGAGUACCGAUUACAAAAGGAGCAGAUGAUUGAGAAUUUUCUUACUCUUAAUUUUAGUGGAAAACGUUGAUAUACAAAAUAUUUUGUUUAAAAAAAAUUCAACUUCACCAAAUAUUUUCUUUUUUUAUGUAGAGUUUUUUAAAGUAUAUUUCUGUAAAUUGUCUGGAAUGCAUAUUGUUCUGGUGAGCUGAAAUUAAUACUUUUUUCAAAGUUUUGUCAGUUGCUGUAUCACUUAGAUGCCUUUGGUUUUGUUUUAGGGGAAGUGGGUUAGUUGGGCAGAGGUUACUGCCUUUAAUAUUUAUUUAUGGAUAAUUAAAUUAACCAUUUGGAA